CCGCAAGCAAAGAGGUUUCAAAGAUACCAGGCGACCAAGUGAAAGUGAACAGCCCCGAGCAAAUCUUCUAGAGAGCGUACCCGUUCAAACAACAAAAAAAAGAAAGAAUAUGAACGUUGUGGACAGUAAAAAGUUCUUCGCAGCGGCAGAAGAACCUGAAAAACAUAGAGUGUUGGUCCUGCAAGAAGAAAGGUCACUUGAGUUUUGAGUGCCCAUAAAAGAAAGGAAAAGGGAAAAAGCCAUGAUGAUCAGGAAAAGGUAGUGUUGGUCACUACUAUGGCCCUGUUUGCCAACAUUUCAGAUAGUUGGUGGAUCGGGUCCUCGCAUCAUAUUUUCUUCCGAAAAGCAGAAUUUGGUGCAGAUAUGAUUGAAGAACUAGGUUCUUCAUAUAUGGAUCAUCACAUCAAUAUCGCGCCGUGGCACAGAGAAAGAAAGCAUGAAAGCACUAAUAGAUCAAUUAAUUAUAGGAACACAUGAAAAUAUCAGAACCACAUAUAUAGGCUUGCAAAAGUCGAAACACCUAUUAUUCUUUCUGCAACUCGAUUUGCUGGUUUUUAUACUAUAGGGCUGGCUCCCAGGCUUUCCUGCUGCCUUUCUUUUUCAAUGCCUCUCCCACUGCUUUCAUCGCUGGUGCCUCCACCUCUGCUAGUGGUUUUGUGGAUUCACCUACUUAUGCCUGGGGCUCGACGCCCUUAUGGAGAAAUAGGUGGUUCUGAAUCAACGGGCUCUGCUGCCCCCGUAUAGCGACUCUCUGCUGCUUUUACUUAGCAGUUUGCUCCUGCCUUUGUAUCUGCUAUGAGUGAAUCUACUCUGGGGUGAAACAACCACUGCGAUUGCCUUUUACCAUACCUUUACCUAUGCCUAUAUGAAUAUCUUCAAGUUGCAGAUCCAAAGCGAGUAGUUGCUUCAGUAGAGCCGGUUGAUUCCGGCGAUUCUGUUGAUGAAGCAGUCAAUGAAGAAAGACAUGGUUGAGUCAGUCGAAGAAGCAAAUGCUCUCGCCUUAGGGGAGCAUACACACCUACUGCGAAUUAGAGAGACCUGACCUACAUUCAUUAAUCAUCUCGUAGGAAUUUCCCUUCUCAAGGUAGGUCAAAAGAGCAAUUUGGAAGACUCUCUCGAAAGGUGUCUGCUCGUGGAAUAGAAAGAGUUCGUUGCAUCAACAAAGUGUAGUAGUCAAAAACGCUUACUUAAGCUCAUCGAUGUGUACUCACUCCUCGGCUGUGAAAGAGAGGGCGCUUCUGAGCUAAAUCAAUCCCGCACAGGUGAUUACCCGGAACUUUACACUCAAUGGAAAGCAAAAAGGAAGACUAAAUCCGCUUUGAAAGCGAUUCCAGAGACUAUAAGAACGACCGGGUGGCAGGUGGGAGCAGUAGAAGCAUUGAGAUUUGCUUGUUCAGAGAUGCGUCAAAGGUAUACCUAUGAAAGUGGAUUGCAAGGGUCAGGCACCAAUGCAUUACUAAAGAAUAACAAACCAGAAUAACUUCUCAGGGAGCGUGGAAAGAAGGAGACCUAAAAGUGAUAUCUGUAGGCCGACCUUGGGAUUGAUACGCUUCGACUUAGCCUUGAUAGGCUAAUGCACUCUCUUGAUCCAAUGCUCAAUCUUUCGCUCAAAUGGGAAUGGCCGAUAAAUCUUCAACUCCAACAGAUCUUGUGAGACAAACCCUCGGUGAAGCACUGCAUCUUUCUAGCUUCAAAGAAAGAGAAAGACAACGAAGUGGGAUGAUUUCCCAAGCUUAGGACUUUGAUCAAUGGGCACUGUAGAAUAGAGAGGCGCUAACAUGCAAAAAAGCCUCCUUUCGGGUGGCGGAUGUCAGCGGUUUAAACCCAAGUAGCUGUGGCCCAUGAUCCAAACGCAAGCAGUCAAUCACGCUAUCCUUACCUUGAAACCAAUUCCUUCGAUUCCGCUUCUGCAGCAGUAUAGUUUCUCGGUACCUUACCUUGAUGCCUACAGCUCAAUUUGUUUUCGAGUGAGGGCAAGAGCCUUAGAUGAUAGGGGGGCAGCGAUUUUGCUUUUGGUUGUUCUUGUGGCGUCGUCUCUGGGCGGCGCCUUCGGAGUCCGAUAUUGCCGAAGGACAGUGUGGACCGCAGCUCUGCCGCAGAAGGGGAAGAUGUUGUUUCCGACCAGAAUGCCGAUUCCGCCAUCCGGCCCCGAGGAAGCGAGAUUGUGGCACUCCAGUCAGCCAUCUUGGUCUCACUCAUAUUGGGGAUCAGAGACAGAAAGCGGGCUGAUCCAUGAAGCUCAAUAAACGCUUUCCUCCAAUGAACAGACGAACCGAAUCCUUUCUCGAUGGGAAAGCUUGACCUUAAUAGAGUGGACAGGCUCUUCUCCUCGCUUUGCUGUCAUUGGGUCACGAACGGGAAAAGAAGAAGGAGUUAGCGCUUUCACCUGGUUUGGUUCAGGAAUUGGGUGCUAUGGAGAAAUAGAAUUAGUUUAUCCCGUCUCCUUAAAAGGGGUAGAUUGGUUUGAAUAGCCUUAUAGUAAGCAUUACCGCAGCUUUGACUCUGUUGCAGGAAGGACUACUUGGAGUUCCAUACCAUGAAAAAUGGAAAUGGCUAUCAGUUCUGACUCUCCUGACCAGAGGUAAGUAGUCCGGCUAAGCCGGAAGAAAGAAAUGUGAGAGUUUAGCCUAUUAAUUCACUUUACUUUAGGGAAGCCGGUUAAAUGCUUUGCUUUGUGAGGGAAAAGCGGGCACAGCUCACGCACGGCACAAGAGGCAAGGAACUUUCAACAGGCAUGGACGGAAGUAUACCCCUCCUUUUGAGGGUGAAUGUCGGAAAUCGUCUUCCCGGAUCUAAUGGAUGAGGGAUCACAGUAUAAGAAAGAGAAAGAAGGGAGCAGCACGGAGCUACUCGCCGCGGCAUCAUGUAGAUGCACGAGGAGCGCAUCUUGCAAAUCGCAUGUGUGUCGUACUCUGUGGUGUGUCACCCCCCAACCAGAGUGAGAGGGAGGAUGAUUAAACCAAUAGCUUUCACUAAACUAUUCUCAAGAUUUCUCUCUAUUAAGGUUACUAAGUGGCAGAAGAUCUUGGAAUAAAAACCACCACUUAAGAUGUUCCUCAUCAGUAUUGGCAAGUCCAGUCCCUAAUCUGUAAGCAGUCCGUCCAGCACAUAGUACGUAUGGGUAGUAUGUCCAUAGCGCUUAGUGGGAGAAGCCGUUGCCUUUAUUUACCUUCCCUCUGGCAUGUUUUCCCUGGCUUGGAUUCAACCUCCUGCCUCGGACAUUCUUCGGUUUGUAAGCAAGACAGAGAGCGGACUACUUCUCCGGGAAAAGAAGUUCACGACCCCUAUCCCGUAUAAGGCCUUCUACCUCCUCCCUUUAUUUAUUGACCGUCUGAUGGGUAGGGGAUGGCUGGCUGGGAAGACCCUUGACCUUCGUAUAGUCGGCAGGCGUUGGUACUAGUAUGAGUGAAUACCUUUAUACUAUAGGGCUUAUGAAUUCGUCCUUACCCAACUUACCCGGCCCAGUACUUCCUUGCCUUACACCGGCCUUACAAGGAAGAUGAGUCCUCUUCGGAACUCUUUUCCGAAGUCACCUGGCUCUUGAAACUCCCAUAGCUUAGUGGUCAACUCCUGCUAUUGGUUCUUAUUGUUUAUGGGUUUAAUUCCCGCUAUCUGGCUUUCUUCUUUAUAUGGCAUCUUUCUUCUGCCUAAUCUGAUCAGUGCAAUCCGGUUCAAGAAAGCAGGAAAUCCAGUAAUUUGGGCUUAGGAAGGCAUCUCUGGGCUAAUCCCGCAUCUGAAUCUAUACCUAUUCGUGCAAAGUCUUCUAGCAUACUUUUGAACUUCGUAUCUUAACUGGGCACAAGCUAUUCUAAG